AAACCCGAGCUGCCAGCUAACUUCGAGGAAGCCACAUGGAGCAAGCUGCGCGACUGCAUCAUGGCAGUACACUGCAAGCGCCCCGUUUCGUGCAGCCUGGAAGAGCUGUACACGGCCGUACAAGACAUGUGCAUGCACAAGAUGGCGGAUAAGCUGUACAGCCGCUUGCAGCAGGAGUGUGACUCCCACAUCUCCGCACACGUGUCCUCCUUGAGCGACUGUCUCUCCCUGGAGGCGGUGCCCUUCCUGGACCGGGUGGCGGCGGUGUGGCAGGAUCACUGCAGCCAGAUGCUCAUGACCCGCCAGAUAUUCCUGUAUCUGGACCGCACCCACGUGCUGCAGCUCACCAGCAGUGCCGCACCCAUCAAGUCCAUAUUCGACAUGGGGCUGGCGCUGUUCAGGGUGCACCUGGCAACACGGCCAGAGAUCCAGCAUCGCACGGUGGAGGGUCUUCUGGAGCUGAUUGGUCGGGAGCGGUGCGGGGAGGCGGUCAACCGGCCGCUCAUCAAGGGGCUGGUCAGGAUGCUCACCUCGCUGGCCAUUUACACGGAUGCCUUCCACGAGCCGUUUAUGAAGGCAGCCUCAAGAUUCUAUCGGGCCGAGGGAGAGAGGCUGGUGGCGGAGCUGGAUGUACCGGCCUACCUGCGGCACUGCGAGACUCGCCUCUUUGAGGAGUACGAGCGCAGUUCCGAGUACCUGGAUUCCUCCUCCCGCCGCCCGCUGAUCAGUGCGGUGGAGGCCCAGCUGGUGGGCCGCCACACCGGCCCCCUGCUGGACCGGGGGCUGGGGCCGCUGCUGGACGGACACCGGGUGGCGGAUCUGGCCCGACUGUACGGCCUGAUGGGCCGGGUGGGUGCAGUGGAGCCGCUGCGGGCGGCAUUCCGGGAGUACGUGAGGGCCACCGGGCUGGCGCUGGUCAAGGACGAGGAGAAGGACAAGGAGAUGGUGGAGCGGUUAUUGGACCUCAAGGGGCGGUUGGACGAGGUUGUGGGAUCCGCCUUUGUUCGCUCCGAGAACUUCCUGGCCACUCUCAAGGAGUCCUUCGAGUACUUCAUCAACCAGAGGGCCAACAAACCCGCGGAGCUCAUUGCCAAGUUCAUCGACGCGAGGCUGCGGGCGGGAGGCCGAGCGGCGGGGGCGGAGGAGCUGGAGGCCGCCCUAGACCGGGCUCUGACGCUGUUCAGGUUCAUCCAGGGCAAGGACGUGUUCGAGGCCUUUUACAAGAAGGACCUGGCCAAGCGGCUGCUGCUGGGGCGCAGUGCGAGUGUGGACGCCGAGAAGGCCAUGAUCGCCAAGCUCAAAGUGGAGUGCGGCAGCCAGUUCACCGCCAAGCUGGAGGGCAUGUUCAAGGAUGUUGAGCUCAGCGACGACGUCAUGGCGGCGUUCAGGGCCUCAUCCGCAGCGGCCGGGUUGCCCGCGGGCGUGGACGUGACGGUGUCGGUGCUCACAUCGGGAUACUGGCCCACAUACCCGGUGCUGGAUGUCAAGCUGCCUGAGGCUCUGGACAGGGCCUCCACCGUGUUCCGGGAUUUCUACUUGUCCAAGUACUCGGGGCGGCGGCUGGUGUGGCAACACAGCCUGGGCUCCUGUGUGCUGCGAGCCGCCUUCCCGCGGGGCCUCAAGGAGCUGUCUGUCAGCACCUUCCAGACCGCCGUACUGCUACUGUUCAAUGAUGCGGACACGCUGUCGUACAAGGAGAUCGCCGCGGGCUGUGGGCUGGAGGAGAAAGAGCUGAAACGCACCCUUCAGAGUCUUGCGUGCGGCAAGGUGCGGGUGCUGGUCAAGGACCCUAAGGGCCGCGAUGUGGCAGACACGGACUCCUUUUCCUUUAAUUCCACCUUCUCUGAGAAGCUCUUCCGCAUCAAGAUCAACUCCAUCCAGAUGAAGGAGACGGAGGAGGAGAACAAGAAGACGAACGAACAGGUUCUCCAAGACCGGCAGUAUCAGAUCGACGCGGCGCUGGUGCGCAUCAUGAAGACCCGCAAGACCCUGAGUCACAAGCUCCUGGUGGUGGAGGCGCUGCAGCAGCUCAAGUUCCCACUAAAGGCGGCGGACCUGAAGAAGCGCAUCGAGUCGCUCAUUGAUCGCGAGUACAUGGCCCGCGACCCUAGCGACGCGAACGUAAGUUGCCGCUGCCGUCCUGCCUCUAUGGCCUGGGGCAGGUCCCUCACGUUUCCCGCUGCACAUGCAGCGCAAUGCACGAAUCCAAAGGUGAAAUCCACGGUAUGCUGCCUACACAUGGGGAAAGCUAACGGCUACGCAUCCUGA